GUCUACAUUUCAUAUUUGCAGAGGUUUUCAAAUUUCAAGGAACAAGUUAAUUACAGAUCCAUUACCUUUCUUUCUAGUUUCUGCAACUGCACAUGUGGUGGCCAGAAAUGGGAAUCAACCCCCAACUCUUGCCAAUGUGCAGAAGAAACAUCCCACCACCACCUCCUAGUCCCUUCAACCUCGUAGCAACCUUGCAAGCAUCUUCUUCAUUACACACACAGAAGCCCCAUGUGCCCAUUAUUAUCAGCUGCAUUAUUUGUUCUUUUCUGCUGCUCCAAUCUGUCAACUGAUACAAUUAUGUACAACCAAUCAAACAUAUUAUAAUAACUUCAACCCCACCCUCUACAGUGCUAUACCACUGUUUCCCCCCAACUUCUAAUUAAAUUUGAGAAACCCCUCCAAGCUUCUGCAGACAGGCAAGAUCAAGAUGGCCAAUCUUAGAAGUCCCCUGUUCAUGGCUCUCUGUCUCUGCCAGCUUCUUGCCUUGCUUCAAUCCCAAGUCUCAGGUUACACAUUCAAGGUCGGAGAUUUAUCCUCUUGGGGCAUUCCCUCUGCAGCAAACCCCAAAGUCUACUCUUACUGGUCCAAGUAUCAUUCCGUUAGGAUUGGAGAUUCCCUCUUGUUCCUGUACCCACCAAGCCAAGACUCAGUAAUCCAAGUCACACCACAAAACUUCGACUCCUGCAACCUGAAAGAUCCGAUCUUGUACAUGAACAACGGCAACUCGUUGUUCAACAUCACCGAGGAUGCAGACUUGUACUUCACCAGCGGGGAGCCAGGGCACUGUGAGAAGAAGCAGAAGCUUUAUAUCAAAGUUGGCAAUGGUUCAUCGGCCUCUGCUUAUGCUCCUAAUUAUGGGCCCGGCGGUGCCUUGGCUGACACUGCUCCCUCUUCCCCAAUCGCAUUCGGCUCGAUCCCAGUCGCCCCUUCUACUUCCUCUUCUUCUGUAGUGGGAGCCAGAUUCUCAGUCAUUAUUGGAUUAUUGGUCUCUGGAGUUAUGGUCAGGGGAAUCCUGUGAAUUAGUUAAACUGCCCAGAUGAUGCAGUUGAGCGAGCAUUGAUUGAUUGUUGUUAUAUCAUUAAUUUUUUUAUUUUCCUAUUGUGCAAUUUUACUGGUCAAUAUACAUAUUUUUUUGGGUUCUGGAGACAAAACAGAGGAUUCUGUGAGGGUAAAAGUGAAAGUGAUAUUUGGUGCUUUCGAAGAAAAGCGGGCAGUGGGAACAAACCCAGUAGCCUUUAUCUAGGAAAAGUUGCAGACUUUGGAAUGAAAAAGAUGGGAAGCCAAAACAAAAAGAAGACUACACACAGCAGCAUCCCCCUGAUGGCGUGACAUGCUCCUUCCCAGUUGCAUUUAUUAAAUUCAUUUCACAAAU